UUUGGCAACAUUGAGGUGUAGUGUUUUGUUUACUUUCUCAUGUGUCAAAUUAAAUGUCAUGGCACGAAACUUUUGAUAGGAACUUAGUGUUUUCCAAAAUAUAAAAAGUUUUCUCAAAAAAUAUGUGAAACACACUGAUAAUAAUGAUCAACUACGAUAUAAAAUUUAUUACAUGUGAUGAAACACUAUAUUUGAAAACAAGCGACUAUAAAAGUCUCAAAUACGAGACUAAGAAGAGAAUCGAUGAAUCUGUUUCCAGUUCAGGGAAAAGGAAUUACGUGGAGCGCCGCGGCGGUCACUGGCGAUCGACAAGUUCUCGGCAAAUUCGUCAGCUCGAAUCAAAGUUACGGGAUCGCAGUGUGAUAGCAUGCGAGUGGACUAACGACAAACUUGUCACGAUCGUGUUUUGCUCAGGGGCCAUCGCCUACCUUACCCUAAAACCGCAUACUUUAGAUGUCACUCAAAUACUGUUCGAUAGAUAUUUUGUGGGAAAGUUAUCAGGACAAUCUGUUACCAAUGUGGCACUAUGCAAAUCUCACAUGCUGUUCACACAUAUAGAUCGAACAGCAACAUUAGUGACAUUUGGGAAAAAUAAUGUCAGUAAUAUUCCAUGCAGAAUCACUGAUAGGGAGCCUCAGUUGCAAAGCAUAGAACUCGGUGGCAGUAGUCGAAAAGCAGAGAGAUAUAUAUCAUGGUCAGAAAGCAAUAAUGUAACUUGGGCUCUAAUAUGGAGUGUGAUCAGUGCGGAACCAGCCCCUUGGAGCCCUGUUAUGGAAGACCAUGCCAAUUUGCAUCUUUAUCAAAUACAGGGUCAAAAUAUGAAUUUAGUAGCAUAUCAUCAGUUAGAGAAUGAAACUUUGUCUGCAGAACUGUCAUAUAUAAAUGACAAUAUUAUACAUAUUGUGGAACAGCUUACAUGCCAAAAAAACGGAGUAAGCAUGGAAUGGCUGCGGUAUUCGGUAAGGGACAGCUUGGGCAAUGGUCUACGCCGGCUGCGAGCGGGCGCGGGCGCGGGCGCGGGCGCGGGCGCGGGCGCGGGCGCGGGCGCGGGCUCGACGCGCGUGUCGCUGGCGGCGCCGGCGCGCGCGGUGCGGCGCUCGGCGUGCGACGCGCGGCUGCUGGCGGCCUGCAUCGACGGCUCCAUACACGUCGUGCACCACCUCGCCGGCCUCACACACUCUACUAAAGCCGGAUUUAUAGCAACAGAUGUUCGAUGGGCGGACGAGUUGAUAAUAGCCGCUGAAGAAGGCGGCAGGUUGCAAUGUUACGACCGGGCUCUCUCAUUGCUCAACCACCAUACGAAAUUUCUCGACAUCGCUUCUUACCUACGGGAUACAAGGCGUUUAAAAAUCCUCGCGACGCGCAACGCAAAAUGUGGACCAAUGAUAUUGGCGCUUUUCUCUGGCGGACCGAUCACCUUGUUACACAUAACACACCCCAGAUUAAUCAUGGCAUGGAUAAGAGCUAGACGCAUGUCCAAUGCAGUAGCGCUUCUACGGACCAUGGACUGGGACACGGAGGGGAAUGAGUGUCUGUGGGCCGUCAAUAAAAUAAUGUGCGCUGCACUGAGGAGUGGAGCUGAGGCCGUGGCGUGCGAGGCGAGCGCGGCGGCGGCGCUGGGCGCGUACCUGGCGCCCUCCACUGCAGCAGCGCCUGCCGCGAGGUACCACGCGCCGCUGCACGACCUCGCGCGGAAGUACUUCCAUCACCUACUAAGACGCGGCCGGUUAGAGAAGGCGUUGUCGCUGGGCGUGGAGCUGUGCGCGUGGGACGUGUUCGCGGACGCGCGCUGGGCGGCGCGGCGGCGCGGCCUGCCCGCGCUCGCGCACGAGGCCGCCGCGCUCGCGCUGCACCACGCGCGCCACGCGCACCACCCCGCCGAUUCAGCCUCGUCAGGAAGUUGUUCCGAAUGCGAUUCGCAUUCGUACUCCGAAUCGGAAGAGGAAACGAGUGCGUCGUCUGAACCGAUAAAUGCGAAGCCGCCGCCUCUGCCCCGAGUGUCCCUCGCGAACCAUCCCACACUUCUUCCAGUCACCCUGUCGCAACCAGACAUAUCUACCUCGAGCAUACGGCCCAACUUACACCAGUAUUUAGAAAGAGACACAACCUUAUGGAAGAAGGAUAUCAGAGACGAUACAUAUCUAAAGAGUAAUUACAAUGACCGAUUAAAACCAAUACUGACACAAAGUUCAAAAUGGCAUAGUGUCGACGGUCUUCUUAAUUACAAAACUGCCCCAAAGUCAACGCUUUCGGCGAUCAACGAAGGUUCUGCUAUGACGUCGCACUCCAUAAUAGAUAUAUUACCCCGAGCGCAAGAUGGCGUACCAUAUAAGCAUUUGUUCGAAACCGAACUGAGAGAAGAGUUACCCAACACGCUUUACCGUUACCAAUACAAUAAUUAUCAUCCAAGUACUAGUAUCAACUAUACUAUGGAAAGGCACGGAAAUCGUUCUGAGAAGAAUAAAGUAAAAUUUUCAGACACCGUCACAGUCGCAGUCAUGUCGGAGCCCGGCUCCCCGGAAAGGGCGCGUGACAUCCCGGAAGGCGCACUGCGCGUGUUGCCGCACAAGUUCGCGUUGGGUGCGCCCGCGCCGGCCUCGCCGCCGCCGCCGCCGCCCCCGCCCCCCGCACCCGCCCCCGCACCCGCACCCGCACCCGCCCGGUACUGCGCUCGACUACGUUGAAGUGUGACUGGGCAGAUGGACGCACGCACGCAUGCCGACACACAUAAGAUAAUAAACCAAAACCACCGAAGAUAAAAGUCGUCCACUUCGGUAUGGUUUAAAGAUUUAAACUGCAUUCUACAGACUAUGAAGUGGUGCAAGUCCAAUGAAUAAAUCCGUCCAUUAAUUUUAAGAAUUAAUAUUGUCAUUGAUUCAUCAUUGAUAAUUGAUCAGAGAUUGUAGGUACUCAUUAUUAUGAAAUGAGGUUUUAUGUUUAAAAUAAUAAACUUGUUAAAGUUCUGAUAA